AUGAAGAUUUUUGUUCAGUCAAUAGAUUACAGGCUCUGGAAAAUAAUCCUAGAAGGUCCCCAAUUCCCAACCACCACAGGAGCAGAUGGUGUGGUCUCUCUCAAGGGUGAAGCCAGCUGGACCAAAGAAGACAGAAAAAAGGUGGAGCUCAAUGCCAAAGCUAUCAACUUGCUUAACUGUGCAAUUAGCUUCGAAGAAUACCGACGAGUAUCAAGAUGCACAAUAGCAAAGGAAAUCUGGGACAAAUUACAAGUCACUCAUGAAGGCACAAUCCUAGUGAAGAAGACCAGAAUUGACAUGCUAAACAGAGAGUAUGAAAUGUUCUCAAUGAAGGAAGGAGAAUCUAUUGAUGAUCUGUUCAAAAUAUUCAACAUCAUCAUCAAUGGCUUGGAUGCUAUGGGGAUCACGUAUCCUAAAUAUGUGCUUGUGAGGAGAAUUUUGAGAAGUCUCACAAAAGAGUGGGAAAUUAAAGCGAUAGUAAUUUUUGAGAGUAGUGGUCUUGAUUCCAUGAAAUAUGAUGAUUUGAGAGAAAACUUACUUGCUUUUUGA